AGCAGCUGACGUUUCUGUUCCUUGCUCAACUGUAAACAAUCUCGCUUCCCCGGCCCAAACACACACAUUCCCGUACAACUUUCUGCGCGAGUAUUUUUCUUCGUUCCUAGUUUUGUGUAGCGCUUUCCUGUUUACUACACUUUCGAUGGAAAUCUUGAACCGACUGAACAGAUAUGAAAAAAUUGACUUCCUUGGCGAAGGACAGUUUGCCACCGUCUACAAAGCGCGGGAUGCAGAAACGAACGAAAUAGUGGCGGUGAAAAAGAUCAAAAUCGGCAACCGGGAGGAAGCGGCCGACGGCAUCAACCGUACCGCGCUGCGGGAAAUCAAGCUGCUGCACGAGCUGCAGCACGAGAACAUCAUCGGCCUGCUGGAUGUGUUCGGGCACAAGAGCAACGUGUCGCUGGUGUUCGACUUCAUGGACACCGAUCUGGAGAUCAUCAUCAAGGAUCCGAAGAUCAUACUCACGCCGGCCAACAUCAAGAGCUACAUGAUCCAGACGCUCCGGGGGCUCGAGUACCUGCACCAGCACUGGAUACUGCACCGCGAUCUGAAGCCGAACAAUUUGCUGAUCAGCGGCACCGGCGUGCUGAAGAUUGGUGAUUUCGGUUUGGCCAAGUUUUUCGGCUCGCCCAAUCGCAUCAACACGAACCAGGUCGUGACGCGGUGGUACCGCUGUCCGGAGCUGCUGUUUGGCGCCCGCCAGUACGGCAUUGGCGUCGACAUCUGGGCGGUGGGGUGCAUUUUGGCCGAGCUACUGUUGCGCGUCCCCUUUCUGCCCGGCGAGAGCGAUCUCGAUCAGCUGACGCGAAUAUUCCAGGUGCUCGGUACGCCGAACGAGACGAACUGGCCGGACGUAAAGUCGCUGCCGGACUACGUGCAGUACAAGUUCUAUCCGCCCAUUCCACUGCGGGACAUCUUUACCGCGGCGUCGGACGAUUUGAUUGAGCUGGCGAACAAAAUGCUGGCCCUGUACCCGCUGCACCGGUGUUCCUGUACCGAGGCGCUGAAGAUGGCAUACUUUUCGAACAAACCGGCGCCGACGGUCGGGCCGCGGUUGCCCAUGCCCGCCAGCUACAAUGCAGCCAACAGCAAGCCGGAGGAGAAACCGUCGCUCAAGCGGAAGCUGCUGGACAGUAUUGAUGGCGGGACCGUGCCGAAGCGUUUGCAGUUCUGACCCGAUGCGGCAGCCGAACAGUCGGUGUGCGAUGUCUUGUUGAACAGGUGUAAAUAAAAUUGAACGGUUUGUGGGCGGUAUGAAUAAAUUCCUUUUCGAGCAGCA